GCCUGGUUGUCAAUCAAACUGGGAGCUUGUAUGGCGAGGCCCGAUGCGCAACGGUGCUGUAUUUACAGAGCGCUGCUCUCGCGGUGCGUGGCUGAUGAAGAUACCUGAAAACUUUGUGUUGUGAGGAAUGAUCGCCCUGCUGUUUUGCAUGAAGUUGCAGUUUUAAAGAGAAGAGAGAGAGAGUUGGACCUGCGCGAUACCUUUCCAUUCAAAGGUGUGCUCUCAUCUCUCCUGAAGCUUCACCACGGCCCUCACCUGCGUGCUCCACUGUUUCUCCUGCGAGUCGUCCUGGGCUGACCGGCCCUUCCUGCUCCGCCCCCACGCCGUCUCUCCAGCCACGGUCACCAUGACGCGCUCCAAAACCUUCCAGGCCUACCUGCCCAACUGCCAUCGCACCUACAGCUGCAUUCACUGCCGAGCACACCUGGCCAACCAUGAUGAGCUCAUCUCAAAGUCUUUUCAAGGGAGUCAAGGCAGGGCCUACCUCUUCAACUCAGUGGUGAAUGUGGGCUGCGGGCCGGCAGAGGAGAGGGUACUGCUGACCGGUCUUCACGCGGUAGCCGAUAUCUACUGUGAGAACUGUAAAACCACUCUGGGCUGGAAAUAUGAGCAUGCCUUCGAAAGCAGUCAGAAGUACAAGGAGGGCAAAUUCAUCAUCGAGCUGGCCCACAUGAUCAAGGACAACGGGUGGGACUGAAAACCCUGGACUCCCCACGGCCCAUAACGCUGGAAAGAGACGUGCAGCAUAUGAAUAAUUAGUUUCAUUAUCUGGCUGUAACUUCCUCCCUGGAAAUCUCUCUACCUGACACACAUCUCUAAACCGUGAGGGUGCAAGGUUCAUAGCAGCAGCGCUACCCAUUUCCUGUGUGUAUAUACGAACCAAUGUGUGCCAGCUAGACACCGAGUGUUUUGAUUAUGUGAGUAUUUACCUAUUCAAUUCAAGGGAGUGCGUGUGUGCAAAUCAAGGCGCAAAUUGACGUUUGCUUUCCUCGGGGUUGGCCAACGGCAUAGUUUUGUCCCACACUCAGGUUUAACUAAUGGCUGGAUCCAUGAUGAAGAAGGGUAAAAGAUGAACCCAUUUAGCACGGCACCUUUUAACUCAUCUGAGGCGAAAACACACUCAAAUAGAAGCGUUGUCCAUUUGUUUCCCUUUUCUUUAGUUUCUUUAUUUCCUCCAUUCACUUGCAUCUUGUUUAUUUAUACGUGUAUUUAUUGAUCUUUUUAUUUUAGGGACGUUACGUUUAUGGUAAACUGUAGCAACCACAGUGGUCUUACUUUGACCUAAAUAGCAGAAGUAGCAAUGUUUGAUAAGAGGUUUGUACGUACGCUUUCUCUCCAGAUUGUGAUCUGUCUCCAUUUGAAUGUGAUUAUGGAGUAAAUGCCAUUUACAGGGCACAGGUCGCGUACAUUAGCUAGAGCCAAGUCUUUGGCCCCAGCCGCAGCUGUCAGCUUUGAAAGGGAACUGAGGUGUUCUCACAGCCUGUGAUGUCCCCUUCGGUCUCAUUAGUUCCCACCAUUAAAUCGCAAAUCAAGUGGUAAACCAGACUUUCUCACCAUGUGUUUUGGGGAAGAAUGCGAUCGACAACUAGUAAAUGUGGCCGCUGAACGAGGUAAUCCAGAUGGGGCUCGUAAAUAAAAAGCCUUGGCGCAACCAAAGACUCUUUCAUCACCUACACUGACCAAACUGAGUUUGAUUUCCUGAUUUAAGGCCUGUUCACACCAAGGACAAUAACAGUGACGAUAAAUAUAAAGUUUUAAAACUCGUUGUAAUGAUAACGACACAGAGGAACAAUAAUGAUUUUUGUUUUAGCUGACGAACAAUAAAAACAUUGACAGCCAAUCAGGAAGCACUUGACUUUAACAAGCAUGAGCAUUUAAAGUGAGAGACAACAUUAAUGCAGUGCUUGCUUAUAAUGAACAGAAAUUAGUAUUGGCUGGUGUGGACUCUAAUGUAGUUAUCAUUAUAAUUAUUGUUCUUGGUGUGAACGGAAUUUUAGAUACAUUGUUGUUGUGUCUUUUGGUUCAGUUGAAUUGUCUUGUGCAGAACAAGUCGAUUUUUCUUUGAUUUAGGUGUUUUGGAUGUUAAUGUAUAAUGUCUUAUUUUGAGUAUGUAUUUAUGAUCAGUCAUCACGUAUUGUUUUAGCACUCAAUCUUGCAUCUGUGUAUUUAUCGUUCUGUGGGACCGCUUCACCUAUUCCAAGAUUUUUUAAAAUAAUUUUAAAUGUUUUUUUCAAGAAGGAAAGUAUGUGUGAGAUAAAUUUGGAAUCGGUAUAUUUUAAUCUGAUAUCAAUAAAGCUCUCAUUUUAUGAAUGUC